UGCGCUUUUUUGAAUUGUCUUUCUCUUCUACGCUUAGCCGCACGUGUAGACGCUGCCGUCUUGCUUAUCAUCUCAUAAAACUAAUAGGUUAGAAUAGCACAAUGCCGUCGGACGCAAAAAAAAGGGCGCAACAAAAGAAAAAAGAUCAGGCGAACAAUAGAAACAAAAAGCCUGUGGAGAGAGUGACUAAUUCGGAGACGAAUGGAGCAACCAACGGCACGGGGAAAGAGGACCGUGAGCUCACCGCUGAAGAGGCAUUAUGUCUGAAGUUAGAAGCAGAAGCAAAGAUGAACUCGGAGGCCAGAUCAUGCACUGGGUCCCUGGCAGUUCAUCCUCGUUCAAGAGACAUAAAAAUAGCAAAUUUUUCCAUCACCUUCUAUGGCAGCGAAUUGCUUCAAGAUACUUUAUUGGAAUUGAAUUGCGGCCGUAGAUAUGGCCUUGUGGGCUUGAAUGGAUGUGGCAAGUCUUCGUUAUUGGCGGUGCUCGGACGUCGGGAGGUGCCUAUUCCAGACCACAUCGACAUUUUUCACUUAACCCGAGAAAUGCCUGCAUCCGAUAAAACAGCGUUAGAGUGCGUUAUGGAGGUUGACGAAGAGCGCGUGAAAUUGGAGAAAUUAGCCGAAGAACUGGCCCAGUGUGAUGAUGAUGAUGCGCAAGAACAGUUGCUAGACGUGUAUGACCGUCUGGACGACUUGAGUGCCGACACGGCUGAAGCUAGAGCGGCCCACAUAUUGCAUGGUCUCGGUUUCUCAAAGGAGAUGCAGCAGAAAGCCACUAAAGAUUUUUCUGGAGGUUGGCGCAUGCGUAUAGCUUUGGCGCGUGCGUUGUACGUGAAACCACAUUUGUUACUUCUCGACGAACCGACCAACCAUCUGGACCUCGACGCCUGCGUGUGGUUAGAGGAAGAACUCAAACAGUACAAGAGAAUUUUGGUGCUAAUAUCGCACUCUCAGGAUUUCCUGAACGGAGUGUGUACGAACAUCGUCCAUAUGAGCAAGCGGCGGCUUAAAUACUACACAGGGAAUUACGAGGCCUUUGUGCGUACGCGGAUGGAGUUGCUGGAGAACCAAAUGAAGCAGUACAACUGGGAGCAGGAUCAGAUCGCACAUAUGAAGAACUACAUAGCCAGAUUCGGUCACGGAUCUGCCAAGCUCGCCCGUCAGGCUCAAUCGAAGGAGAAGACCCUCGCAAAAAUGGUUGCACAGGGGCUCACGGAGAAAGUGGUCGAUGACAAGAUACUCAACUUCUAUUUCCCCUCUUGCGGGAAAGUGCCACCGCCUGUGAUUAUGGUGCAGAACGUAGCAUUUAGGUAUUCAGACGAUGGGCCUUGGAUUUACAAGAAUUUAGAGUUUGGUAUUGAUCUAGACACCCGGCUCGCCCUGGUGGGGCCAAAUGGUGCUGGUAAAUCCACACUGCUUAAACUGCUUUAUGGAGAUCUGGUGCCUUCGACGGGAAUGAUCCGCAAGAACUCCCACUUGAGGAUUGGGCGCUACCACCAGCACUUACAUGAACUUUUGGACCUGGACCUGUCGCCGUUGGACUAUAUGCUUAAGGAGUUCCCUGAGGUCCGCGAGCGCGAAGAGAUGAGGAAAAUCAUCGGUCGAUACGGGCUUACCGGCCGGCAGCAGGUUUGUCCGAUGCGCCAGCUGUCGGACGGGCAGCGUUGUCGCGUGGUGUUCGCGUGGCUUGCUUGGCAGACACCCCACCUGCUGCUAAUGGACGAACCCACUAACCAUCUUGACAUGGAGACCAUAGACGCGCUGGGAGAUGCCAUCAACGACUUCGACGGCGGCAUCGUUCUCGUUAGCCACGACUUCAGACUCAUCAACCAGGUGGCUCAAGAAAUAUGGAUCUGUGAAAAUGGUGCCGUGACAAAAUGGCAAGGUGGAAUUCUCAAAUACAAGGAUCAUCUUAAAUCGAAGAUCUUAAAGGAGAAUGCCGAUAAUGCCGCUAAAUUUCGUAAAUAGGGAAAAUUAACACCGUAGGUAACCAUCAAUAUGGAAUAACUGGACAUUGUUUUAGACUGCAUGUCUAUUAUUGACCGAAGCACUCAUCAUAAAAAACGCUCCGUUUUUCUGGCAGUUUACACAGAAAUCUAAAUAGUAAAGAGGUAAUGGGAAUAAAAUUGAAAUGUUUCUGUGCCAUUCGCACCUAGUGAUGUUUGUGAUGAUCACCUGUGCUUUUAUUCGUCAAUAAUUCAUGGACUAUUUUAAUUUUUUUUAUUCCUCUCAGCGGAAAUCAAAAAAAAGUCACCGGAAUCUGUGAGGUCAAAAGCUGAUCAUUAGUAGAACAUUGACUGGACAAAAUAAACAAAGCGCUAUGAAUCGUAAAACAAAAAUUGUACAUAAAUUAUUGGCAACUAUCUCCAAUGAUAACAAAAAUAGAUAAAGAAACUCAAUUCAGCAGAACUCAGAAUAUAAUUUUUUGCACUAAAGAUCACGGUUACCGCAUUUAAAUAAGAAAACAAAAACAACAUAAUGAAUGCAGGCAUAUUUUCCAAAUUGGUGAGCUAAAAACAGUAAUCUAAUUCACAACAUACCAAUGUUAUUUUUAUAAGUAUUGAUUUCCAUUUAAUAUAUAUGUAUAAAUUUUUUCCUUAUUUAGUAUAAUGAUUUUCCGAAUUUUUAAACAAUGGAUAAAUAAGUUAUUUAUAAAUCACAUAAAAAAUACCGCGUACUAUCUCGUUAAUAACUGUCAUUAAGAUUAAGAAAAAGAUUUUUCAACAGAAACUCAAUUAAUAAUGAUUUAUUUACGGUUGAUUUCGUACAUAGUCAAUUUUGCUAAAUAUGAUCUUGAAGGCUCAAUAAAAAGUAAGCUGACAUUUAAGUAUUACGGACAUUGUUGACAGAGGAAAUAAUUCGUACAAGAUCACAUGCCUCCGUUGAUUUUACAAGAUGCUCGUACAGUGACAUAAUUUACGGUAUACUCUAUGACACAAUAAUAUUAACUUUGCGAAACGAAAAGCAUUAUGUGACGUUAUUGGUGCAUGUAAAGGACUGUAAUUUUGAGUCAUAAACUCUGGUUAUGAGUUACAAUUGAAAUGCAAUCGUGAAAUAACAACGAUUUUGCAGUCGCUUCAAACAUGUAUACCUCUGCACGGCUAGCAUGGCCAGGUGACAUAUUUCUCUCCGAGAGUAGAAAUGAAAAAACAAAAUUUUAUCUUCUCCCACAGCUUUAUUAACUGUCCGAAAAUAGGCGCACGUGUGGAAAUAAUAUGCAAAUAAUAUUAGUGUAGUUAUAAUAAAUAAUAAAGUCAGGGGAUAUAAUUUGUAUCUCCUGUCUAACUAAGCUAGCUGUGCUCAAAGAAAGUCGUAUUUAUAAAUUAAAUACUGCCCGAUAAUCUGAAUUCCAUUUGAGAUCGAUUAUGUUCCUUUGAGAAUACAUUUUUCAAAUCAAUGUACCAUCAUGAAUGUCACGUUACCUCCAACUUAUUUAUCAUAUUUUUAAUUAUUUAUUUAUUAUAAUUUUCUUAUAUUCACUUUAUUUUGUGUUUAUCGUUCAUACACAUUGUUCUGAAAUUAAUACUUAUAUGUAUUAUUUUAAACCGACUUCAAAAAGGAGGAAGAUCUCAAUUUGUCGGAAUAUUUCUUAUGAUAUAUAUAACUAUUAUUUCUACAUAAAUAAUCAAUAUUUAUAAAUGAAAUCAAUGUAAUUAACGCUUAGAUAAAUAAAGAUAACGUUGCCUCAGAUGAUAGGUUACCGAGGUUGACCGGAAUAAAAAGAUAUGACUAUUGCCAUGUUUUCUGUGACUCAACAUGCCGCAGUUAGAUGUCAAGUGACCUUCAUUCAUAUUCUCCAUGGCAUAGUUUUACAUAGAGAAGGAUUUUGGCUGCUAGGAUUUGAAGAAUUUAGCCAUUGCUGAAUACCCUUCAGAAUGUAUUUUCAGUAGUUCCUGUUUCAACUUACCGAUCUUUUCGGCACAGACAAAAACUAAAAUUUCCCUAAAGAGAGCGUCUCCCUCACUGCUUUAUUUUCUUUCACGUGAGGCUCUUAAAUCCGUUCUAAAGAACUUAAUCUUUAAAAUAGCGCCUAUGUUAUUUUUAUGUCUUCCGAUGGCGAUGUGUUCGUCGCUCGCUUUAUGACUUUAAAUAUUCAGUGUAGACCUCUUCGUCAAAAAAAGGGGCAGACGUUUUAUAUCUACCGAAAAUGCAUGGGUUAUGUGUGCUUGAAACACCUCAAAAACCGUAUUUUGAGGAGCCUAUAUACACAUUUUGGCUUGUGCAUGCCAUGGAGAGUCACACGCGAGUGGACUACCCUACUCAGGCCAUCUUGUUCGGUUUGAGUCCACACAUAAGGUGACCGUCAAAAAAGAUAUACUCAACUGUUAUAAACUUUUACUUUGACGCCUGACAAGACCUUUUACAGUUUUUUUGUCAACGCUUCGUAAACAGCUUUUAUUAAUAAUUUUAAGUUUUGUUCCCAUCCCAUUAACAAUUAUGGUUUAGAUUUCUGUGUCAAUUUAAUUGUAUGGAUAGAGCCACGUAUUCACUAGUUUGCAAAUGUUCCAGGUAAAAAUGUUUAAUAUAGAUCUCUUACAUACUUUUGAAACCAAUGCAGCAGGGGACUUUCCGUCCACAUCAAUUUAGUCGUAGAGAAAAUGUAUACUUUUGAAUACAUGGCUUAAAUCAAUGGAUAUCACCCUUCUAUUCAAAUGCCUUAAAGUUUUAUUAUAUUGGUUGUUGAUUAAAUUUAGAGAUUUUAUACAAUCUCUAUUCGAAGACUAAAAGCAAUAUAAUAUGAAAUUGUUCAUUUUUAGAUCAAUUGCAUAGCCUUAUUUACUUAUACAACUUGUCAUUGUUACGUUUUAGUGCAAUAAAGAAGGUACUUAUGAUCCUGCAAUAAAGUAAUCCUUGUACUUUAUGUUAAAAGUCAAAGCAAACGUUCAUUGAUUUCUGCUGGUUGCUUUGAUCUUAAGUAUAAUACAAUGGGUAAGGUGCUCUCUUAAAUACAGGUUAUUUUAACUUUAACAUUAAGUACAUCAAUGUGGUGAAGUGGAAAUGCUUUGUAUAAUUUAGGAUGAUAAUUUUGACAGCUCACAGUUGGGAUGAGGUAUUGUUUAAUCGUUAAUGAACGAUUUUUAUCAUUUAACGUGGAAUCUAUAGUUUCAUGGCAAUGCUGUAUGGUCUGAAACAGAGAGAGAAACAGUUUGUUAACUAACAAAAAACUAUAGCAUACAUAUAUAUACGUAGCAAAUAUCAUUAUUAUUUUUUAUUAUGUUCGAUCAUUUUAUUUUAAAACGCUAGAUUUACUUUAUUAAUGAACCAACGAAAAACAUAGGGAAAUAAUAAUUACAAACACAAACUAAAAAUAAUAUUUACAAUAAAUAUAAGCCGUCUAACUGUACACAUAUGGGCUUGGUACCCAAAAUGCUGGCGCUAUUGCCCCUUUGAAUUGCUAGACUUAGUCGUUGGGCUAUAUAAUCGCCAGCUCUUGUGUCACCAGACAUAAGGACCAAUUUUUGGGACACGAUGUUGAUAAAUUUUUUGUGUCCGAAGACCAUGGGCCCAGAGUCUCAAACCCAAGCGCCGCAAAAACGUAGUCAUUACAAAUAACGGAGCAUUUACGGCGCUUAAGCAUUUGAGCAGAUUCGGCAGCUACUGCCGCUUUUUGGGAAGUACUCGGCAAGUGAGAAGCUGCCAACGUAUCAACGCAGGUUGCAUCUCACACCAGCGCACGCCUCAUCGACCACGGUACUAUAGUCAUACCGUCUGGUCAUACCGUCUCUUGCCAUCAUCCCCGGACAAACCGGCAGGUUCCAAUUGUGCAGGAAUAGACGGACUAUAUCAUUGAUAGCGCCGUGACGAUACAAACGACCAGCACUUCGAUUACAACUGCGCCCACGGUGACCCAAUUGAUCCACACGAUAGACAGUAGUUGUGCGUUAUGCGCGGAAUCAACCUUGUUAAGUGGGCGGUAACCAACCUUGAAGUACGACAUUAUCUGUAUGUUACCGGAAAAACUAAGAAACUUUACAGGCGGGUUUGGUCAAUAUUAUUAUCCUAAAUUAGACAAAGCAUACCUAGGGUAGACUAUUCGCACUGGGUGGCACCCAAUAUGAAUCAUUCCUAAAUCUGAUUGUUCUGAGCACUGGAUAAAACUAGUAUUUGGAAUAAGUGUUCUUUAAAGGUGCUUAUUAUUAUAUACGGAAUAUAUUUACGCCAAUACUAAAGUUUCAGUCACAAAGCCAAAAUAGUCGCUUGUCACUUGGCGUUACUUUCGGCCAUGGGGCGACGCCAUUGAAACCUGCAAUGGGUGACGCCAUCCAAAUGCGCCUUGGUGUAAACCUAGCUACGCCACUGCAUCAAUGAGAGCUACAACAAGAGCAAAACAUCGAAGUUCAUUUAAGCAAUGUAAUGUGUAAUUAAGAUGUUACAACUUUGUAGUUAAUACUUAUUCUUACUUUGUAUCGUUGUUUGGUUUUUUAACCAUUAGUUAUCAUAUUAAUGAAUGUAACAAAAUGUAACAUGUAUGAGAAAAAGGUGGUGGGAGGAACUUCUGUUUGAGGGUAGAACAGGUAUAUAUAAUUUCUGAAUUCGCUCUGGACUGGUCUAGUUUUCUCAGCGGCUAUUUAAAAUCCUAUCGUCCUUCAAUACCCUAAUUUUACGAUUUGUACGCUAGCAAUCGAAGUAGUUUUAGUCUUAUAUCCUUUACAUCUGAUUUAUGUUUUCCAAACGUUCCGCUCGGAAAACUUUUUGCGGAAAUUUGUAUAAACUAGAGCCUUAAAAUAAGGUGGAUUUUAUUCUAACACUGUAUAAGUGUAAGCUUUUGGAAGCGGCACUACGAUUGCGAGCGUUCAAAUGUUAAACUAAGUAGGUAUAAAGGAGUAAUGCCGCUUAGAAUGAAAUUUUAUUUCCAUGGCGACAUAUUAUCGGUUCAGUACUACUCUUCCAUGAUCAUGUUUUCAACCAAGACUGCAUCGUCGCUUCCCGUCAUAUUUUAUUAGUCUUGGUCAAAUUAACUUUUUUAUUUAUACUCUUUAUUUUUUUUAUUUUCUUUUAGUUUUAUAGAAAUAAUGUAUUUUUACUACCAAAAAGUUAGAGCUUUCAUGCCUGAAAUAAAAAUUGUUAUUAUUAUUAUUUUUGACAAGAACAAAAUAGGAUUAGGAUAAUAUGAGGAACUCUGUAGAUGGUGCAUUUUUUUAAGUAACCUACAUUGUAAUAUCCACAUAUUUAAUAAUGUCGUGUGGUUACCACAAUUGCCUUUCAUUUUAUUUAGUAGUCUUAUUAUAUUUAUAAAGAAAAGUUGACCAAGGGACAGGAGCGACACUGCAGUCAAGCGCUUACUUGUCAAGAAAACCGUUAAAUAGAAGUACUUCAUGUACACGCACAUGUACACUUUGUGUCAAUUGUUGCAUAAUAGAAAAACGUACCUACGCGAUAAGGCGUGACGUAUUCAUUGAAAAUUAUCCGCCUACAACCUCUUAAUACAAUUACAAUCAAUAUAAAAUUAUCGCAUGAAGGCUGCGCGUACGUUGGUUACUAUCUUAGAUACUCAAAAGAGUAGGUUUUAUAAAUGAAUUACUGAUAGGAAUUCGAUUGCUUUUUCUAUCAGGGGAUUACUCGUAGCAGUGGCCUGCACAGGGUCUUUGACCAGAGUAUAAUAAGGAAAAUAACAUAAAAUGGAAAAGUCCUUCGCCUUUGUGAGUUAUACAAACAUUUUAGCGUAGGCAGUGCUUUAGUGCAUGUAUAAAGUGCACGCCACUGACACAUAGUCUGCAUUAAAAUUUGCGUUCCAAUUUCUCUUUUACGCCUAAAAAUAUAUCUUACGCAACGGAAGUAUGAAAUGAAGUUGGAGAAAAUCGAAUUUUCAACAACAUUAGUCUAUACAAAUUUUCUUGCAAACUAAAUGAUAUCGAAAAUAAUUCCCCUAUAAAUUAAAAAUGGCUACAUCUCGUCGAUUAUUUUAAUUGAGAUUACCAGCGUCAUUCAUAGUUCGAGCAAAACUCCUGUCAGUAAUUUACGUAAUUUACCUAUUUAGCCUCGGCGGGGGAAAAAUCAUUAGCUCAAUUGAAGGUUUCCAACGGGUAGCUGCAGUUAAACUUUUUGCGGCCCAUUAUACAAUUUUGCUCUAUACAUCUUAUUUCGUUGAUGCGCCAUUCCUUUAGUGCGUCUUAUUUGUGAUUGUUGUUCGCGCGCUGCACACCCAACCUGAAUUGACGAGUCCUGGUCGACUCGUACUGCAACUCUUGCGGCAAUGUACAAUCAACCCAAUAGUAUGAAAGUUAAUAUCAAUACACGCAUAGACAACAAAAAUAGGUUGUGCAAAGCAAAUAGACUCCAAAUAGCUUAAUUUAGACUAAGCUUUGUUGAAAUUAACUAUAACGUAGAUAUACUAGAUUUCCUUAUGCCUUAUAACUGCAAAUUAUUCUGAAAUUUACCACAAGUAUUUUAUGCUUUGAAUAUAAAGUUUUGUAAUGCGU